AACUACUGCGACGAUCAAUCGAAUUAGAGUGGCGAAGUUGUGCGUGUAGUAGGACCGCGAGAUAAAAUUGUUUUACUCAGUUGGCUCUUGCUGUAAGGCGAAGGUGGAAUGUGGCGUGAUGCUUUGAGGCUAUGAAAAUUUAUUUAUAGAGCAUAAUACUGUUAGCUCACACCUUGUUAGUAUAUACAGUUGGUUCUGACUUUAGUAAUGAUUUCGCAUUACUUUGCAGUUUUGUUUGCAAAAUUUUAUGGUAAACAAAGAACAGCUGACUGUAGCAAAAGGUGUAAGAAACAGGCCAGGAAAAAGUAAAAGUGCACCCACAGUGUCCAGCGGCGUUAAAAGGAGAAAGAGUUACGGGUCGGGAAUCACAUUACCGUCUUGUAACUAUAUUAAACGUCAUGAAUUACCAAUCGAGAAGGGAGUCUGAAAACUUAAAACAUGAACGCGAGGUCACAGACUUUUGAAUUGACUGUUGAAGGACAUCAAGUUGAUGAAGCAGUUGCAAGUAUCUUCCACACUGUACUUUUUCAUCGCUCACUGGGUAAAUUCAGAUAUAAACAAGAAGGCAGCUAUUCUGUGGGGACCGUUGGUUAUGAAGAUGUUGACUGUGACUUCAUUGAUUUUACCUAUGUUUGUUGUUCGUCUGAUAACCUGGACAGGAAUUUGAAACGGGAGAUAUCAGAAUUCUCUGAAGCUUUGCGUGGAAAUGAUGGCCCCGGAUCGGGUCAAAUUUCACUUGAAUUCUUCCAAAAGAAAAAAAAUAGGUGGCCCUUUCAGCCAGAAUGUAUUCCAUGGGAAGUUUGGACAGUGCGACUUGAGCUUAUUAAGCUCAAUAAUGAGCAUGAACGGCAGGUAUGCAGGGAGAGAGUAGGUGAUAUGCUGACUGAAAAAAUCCUUUAUAUUGCUGAAGUGAUGAACAGACAUGACUAUGUUCCAAAAAUGCCGAAUCAGUCAGAAUUGGAACUUAUUUUUGACACAUCCUAUCCAGAUGUGCAACCAUACUUAUUUAAGGUCACAUAUGCAACUUCUGGCCCUACAAAUACAUCUGUAGGCACAACAAUGAAGAAGUUAAUCAAGGAGACAUUGUUACUAUGAUUCCAAAUAUCUGUUGGAAGCUCUGAACUAGAUUGGCCUUCUGUAAACACUUGGGACUAAUGGAGUGUCUUGUGUGUAGUAUGAACUGUGAAUUAGCGUGUGGAGGAAUUAGUCAGUUACAAUCACGAGACUUUUUAAUUAUUUUAUUUUGUUAUUAUUUACUAAAGUUGUAAAUAAUGUGUGAUCAAUUUUGUUAGUCAUACGCGAUUCGUAUGUGAGUUUUUGAAGAUGACUGUAAAAAUAGUAUAGUUGUGGGUGAUUAAUGGAUGACAGCAGAAUUAUAACUAGUUCUCCUUUCAGAUUUCUGACACACUUUAAUGUGCUUUUUAAUAUUAUAUGCCUGCGUGAAGUAGUAAUUUCUAGUCCCAAAGAAAUGUUGUGGUAUUGCAAAUAUUAGUCUUUGUUAAUCCAGUCUCUUCACUAACUAUUCUACCUUUAUUUUUUAAAGGAUUUUAAUUUCUAACAUUUUAAACAUUUGUUAUUGUUAAUCACAUUACUGAAAGUUUCCUCCUCAUGUACGGGUUAUAGAUUGUGCUGCAAUAUUUUGGAGUUCUCAUGUGAUUCUUGAUGCACUCUCUCACAGGAAAGGAUCAGAUUUCUUUGAAACCAUUUUGAAUAAUGAUAAUGGGAAAUACACCAAUAAUGAUUAAUCAUGCAAAAGAAACAUAAUAGUAAGAAGUGCUACUGUUAAGUGUAUUAAAAUUGAGUGAUGACAUCUUGUUUCUUUCAGAUUAAGUUAGCCUUUAUUGAAUCAGUCAUGCAUCGACUGGUGUAUAUUACUGCAGAUAGCUUAUCAUAAUGUACUUAUCUUGCCACUGUGAAGUAUUACAUAUGAACAUCUGAAGAAGCUUUGAAUUGUACUCACACGCAGGUAUCCUGUAACUGGUAAAAUUAAUUAUUUGGGUUUCAGAAGGGAGAACUGUAAAAAGAAAGAACAUUAUAUGGUAUUGAACAUGGUGUGUGGUAUUGAAGAUUGUUAAAUGAUGAAUUUUUAUCAGUUGCAAAACAGUUCUGUGCUCAGCAUGACGUUAUGAUGAUGGCAGAAUAUGAAUCUUUUAUAUCUCAGAGAAUAUAA